UGAAUAUAUCAUCAACUAAGUCAAGAAUGCAACAGUUCAGGUGGCUAACGUUAGGAAAAAAAUGGGCUUCCCAGAGGAAUGGAUUGCUACAUUGGAAUGCUGGUAACACUCCUAGGCAUUUGAGAUACACAAGUAGUGUGAGUGCCAGUGUCUCAGCUGGGGUGUCAGAACAACGCAAGCCUUUCUCUUCAAUACCAGGGCCACUUAGACUGCCUCUUAUUGGUACUUUGUUGCCAUACAAGAUUGGUCUUAAGAAGCUCAAAGACUACCACUACCAUGUGUGUGACCUCUACCACCAGUAUGGACCCCUUGUAAAAGAACACUUUGGGUCACAGGUCAUUGUGCAUGUGUUUGACCCAGCUGACAUUCGCACUGUGUAUGAAAAUGAUGGCAAGACCCCUUACAUUCCACCAUUGCAGGAAACAACGCAGUUUUACCGUCAGGAGAAAGAUAUGUCACUUGGUCUUGGAAAUAUUAAUGGAGAAGAAUGGUACAAGCUCCGACACUCCGUGCAGAUGAUGAUGCUCCGUCCUCGUGAGGUGAGCUACUACUACCCCUUGCAAGAUGGAGUGGCGAAAAAGGCUAUCGAGAAGCUAGCAGCAGAGGUGGAUGAGGAUGGGGUUGUCUCCAAUCUGAACACACUCAUUAGCCAGUGGAUUCUUGAAUCUGCAGGCAUGUGUUGCUUUGAGAAAUCCCUUGGUUGCCUAAGUGGAGGUGAUGAGGAAGAAAUGGCAAAGAAUCUGGUCAGGACAAAUGUUCAAAUAUUUCAGCUGUCUGCAGAACUGAAGUUUUCAAUGAGAAUAUAUCGGUAUUUCAAGACUAGGAAGUAUAAGAAGCUUCAUAAUCUUGAGGACUUUUUUUAUGGGGUUUCCAUAGACUUCAUUACUGAUGCACUGAAUCACAUUAAGGGCCUCUCAGCAGAGAACAAACUGAAGGAGGGAGACUUUAACUUCCUCACUUACUUGAUGUCACGGAAAGAGCUCUCCCAUAAGGAUAUUCUGACCAUCACUCUUUCACUGUUUUCCGACGGUCUUUCUACGACAUCACCUGUCCUCUUGGGAAACCUGCACUGUUUGGCUCUGUAUCCAGAAGUACAAGAACGACUCUAUGAAGAAAUAAAAAAGAAUGUUGAUCCAUCUUCACCUAUAACAGUACACACAAUCAAUAAGCUGCAUUAUCUAAAGGCUUUUGUGAAAGAGGUAUUUAGGUUCUACCCAGUGGGAGAAAGUGUUCAACGUCUCCCUCAAAAGGACCUUGUUCUCAGUGGCUUCCAUGUGCCAGCUGGUACAUAUCUUGAUCUAAAUCCAUACCUGUGGUUGCUGAGUGACAUGUACUUCAGUGAUCCUCUGGUUUUACGUCCUGAGAGAUGGCUUAGGGAUUCUGCAGGAACCCUGGCAGUUGAUCCCUACAUUCUAAACCCAUUCAGCAUUGGAACUCGAAUGUGUGCCGGGCGGAGAUUUGCAGAACAGGACCUGUUUGUGGGGCUGUGCAGGCUGCUCCUCAAAUACCAACUAGAAGCUACAGACAACUCCCCUCCAAGGCAAGAAUGGAGUGUCUUGCUGAAGCCAAAAUCUCCACUCCCAAUACGAUUUAUUGCUAGGGAGUGACUGCAAUUUUUUCUAAAUGUUUAAAUUGAUGUUAUUUAAUAUUUAAAUAGAUUUUGGAGGUAGAAAUUUAAAAUUGUAUAGGAAAAUUGCAGUUUGAGUAUGUGACCAUCCAGCUUUCCAAAAUUGCUUUUGUAAAAAAAAAUUCUUUAAGUUGUCUAAAUUGAACAAUGGAUCUGCAAUUUAAUCUUAACAUUUUUGCGAAGUAGUACAGAUUUAAUGUUCAGCAGAAGUGCCUUCUACUUUUACAAACACCAACUUAAAAGGCAGCUUUGUAUGGACAGCAUACAUACCCACAAUGGCAGCCAAAUGCAAAUGUUCACAACAUGUUACUGGAGAGUCCUCUGCUAAACCACAGAUAUAUUUUGACAAAGUGAAUUCCUUGUUAAGUUGAGAUGUAGUGAGAUUGAAGGAAAUGGAAUAUUUCAUUUUAGAUGAAGGAGGGUUAUUUGCCAUAAAACUCGUUCACAAGAUCUUGGGGAUGAGGUGUUAUUUUAAAUUUUUAUAUUUUAGAUUUUAGGACGGGCAUAAAUGUUGGUAAUAUUGUGAAGAAAUAAGCAGCAGUUAAACCAUAGAUAUAUUUGGGUUUAGGUGCAAUGAGAUGUACAGAUGUAUUAAAAUUUAAGGAAACUAAAUAUUUCAUGUGAUAUGAUAAAAUGUUUUACUGGUUUAAGGGAAUGUAUUUUUUAUGUAUGGCUUUGACUAUGUUCUUGAAGGUGUAUUACCAGUGCAUUUUCAUGGAGAGAAACAAUCUUUCUAAGUUGGCUGAAAACUCUGAGAUUUAUUCUACUUUUGUAAAGAAAGUCAUUGGGAUUGGCUAACAAUGUCUCAAAUCACCAGACUAGCACUGCAUAACCUCACAAGCAGCCAUGAAAGAUAUUUUAGCUUUAAACCUUUUAGUUUUUGGACUAUGGAGGAUUGAAAAGAUGUUAUAGAUGACAAAUGUUUUCUAUUUAAUUUUUGAAGGAGAAUGGUUUAAACCAACAAUGCAAUCAUUUGCUUUUGUAUCUUGUAUGGAUAAAAAAGUAGCUUGAGCAGGCCAAAGGAGCUGUAGAGAUAUGGCCUACUUAUAUACCAUCACUAAAGUACAAAUAAAAAACUGAAGUACAAAUAAAAACUGAAGUUUCACAAACACAAAAAUGCACACUUAAUGAAGUUAAGGCAUACAUCCAGGUUUAUUUUAUAGGUAGUUGUGUUAACCCAAUGCCACCGGGGAAAAUGAAUAAAAAAUGGGGAAAAUGUGCUCAUUUUCUAUAUGUUUUGUGAAAUGUCUCUGAACAUGGAUGGCUCUGCUUGUGCUUAGCCACAAAGGAGUCCAU